AUGCGACUGGCCUUUGGAAAGAGUUACACCUACCGCACCGUCCGUCGCGCUGCCGCCGCCGCUCCAGGAGAAAUGCUCGAAGCGGCAAUGAGAAUCGACUGGCAGGGACGAAUCGCGGCGAUGAAAACCAGCGGCGCGAAAUCCGGCGAGCCUGCCGCGCAAUCCGCGGCGGACGAAAUGGAAGGCGAGAAGGUGAUUGCGAUAGUCGACGAGACGUUUAAGGUGAUGGGGACGUUCAACCUGGCCGAUUUCAUUCCGUGGCUCAGUCCUGUGGAUCCCCAGCGGAUCUACGCGCGCGGGAAGCGGUUAAAACCGUGUACAGAAGGGUUUGUGCUGGCGUGCAUUGAGGAGAGAAGCCAGAUGCUGAAAAGGAGAAGGGGGAAAGAGGAGGAGGGAGGGAGAAAGAAGGUAGUGAGGGAGAGGCCGUUGGUAGAUGGAAUCCUCGAAGGGGAGGGAGGAACGGAAGGAGAGGGAGGAGAGGGAGAGGGGAGAGGUGAGGUGAAGUUGGGAGAAAAUAAGCUGGGGAAAGGUGAGUCAGGGGCGGAAGGUGGAAAAGGAGAGGAAGGAGGUGUGAAACUGGGGGCGGAUGAGACAGGGGCGGAACGAGUGCUAGUAGAUUCAUUGCUGGAGUUGGAGGGUCAAGGGGAGGAUAGGGUAAUGGGGAAGGAGAGGGUAACGAGAGAGGAUAUUAUGCUGCUUUGUCUGGAUUUGAUCAAUGCUGGCACGGACACCACUGCCAAGACUGUUGAGUGGGCCCUUGCUGAGCUGGCAAUUCACCCUGCCAUGCUGGAACGGCUACAAGCUGAGGUGGAUGCCGCAUAUGCCAAGUCAGCAGCAGCUGGAGCAGUCACAGAAGCAGCAGCGGCAGGGGAAGCAGGAGGGAAAAUCAUUGGGGAGCAGGGGGUUGAAAAGCAUCAUCUUCCAGCGUCUCUCCCAGCGUCUCUCCCAGCGUCUCUCCCAGCGUCUCUCCCAGUACAAGAGAUGCCUUAUCUUCAAGCAGUCAUUAAGGAAACUCUGAGGCACCACCCACCAACGCCGCUCCUCAUCCCUCACAUGACGACUGCCAGGGUUGCUAUAGGCGGAUACACCAUCCCUGCGAACACAAUGAUUCAGAUCAACGCCUGGGGUAUCGCUCACGAUCCAACGGCCUGGAUCAACCCCCAUGAGUUUGACCCCAGCAGAUUUUUCGGCCCAUCUGCCCCUGAUGUGACCGCAAGCAUUCUUCUGCGGUUUGAUCUGAAGCUGCCAGACGAUGUGCUGGCCGCUGGUGGAGUUGACUUGGGAGAGGUUUUCAGCCUUACCACGGGACUGGCGAAGCCGCUAAGGCUUGUUUUGAAGGAGAGAAAGCAGCCGCAAUCGUAA